UCGAGGGAUCGGAGAGGGAGGGAACUAUCGCUCUGUUCAUGGAGAAAACCGCAGUGUGUCAGCACUUAGCAAAUAAAUUGAUUGUCCUGAAGUUUUUUGUUUAUUGUACUGUAACGAGUUGUUUUAUUUCCAGAUAUGUAGUCUAAGGCACCACUCAUUUACGGAUAAACAAUGCAAUGUGUAUUUGAGAUUUAAAACCUCGCUUCAGAGAGCAGUUUUAUUUCGCAUUUGACAGGAGAGCCCCAUUUGAACUGCCUACCCCACAAACCUACAGUUUUAAGGACACGCGCGGCUGCACAUCCGAUUCUCGCUUGAAAUGUGUGAUUUAAUGCCAGCGUCGCAACCCGCCGAAAAAAUCGGAAAAAUGAAAAAGUUGAGAAGAACUUUGUCGGAAAGCUUCAGUCGCAUUGCCUUCAAGAAGGAAGACAGUGGAUUUGAUGAGAUAUGUGUCACAAAGAUGUCCACUCGCGGCUGCCAGGGAUCCGACUCAGUCAUCAAGCCCCUGGACACCAUCCCUGAGGACCGCAAGGUGCGAGUACAGCGCACGCAAAGUGGCUUUGAGCCCUUCGAAAAGCCUGCCAGCCAAGUGAAAAGGGUCCACUCGGAGAACAAUGCCUGCAUCAAUGCCAAGAGCUCAUCCACAGGCAAAGAGUCACCCAAACUACGGCGCCACUCCAGUCCAAGCUCCCCAACCAGCCCGAAGUUUGGGAAAGCGGAUUCGUAUGAGAAACUGGAGAGGCUGGGAGAGGGUUCAUAUGCCACCGUGUACAAAGGGAAGAGCAAGGUGAACGGGAAGCUAGUGGCUCUGAAAGUGAUCCGGCUUCAGGAGGAGGAGGGAACUCCCUUCACUGCCAUCAGAGAGGCAUCUCUGCUGAAGGGCUUGAAACAUGCAAACAUUGUACUGCUUCAUGACAUCAUCCACACCAAGGAGACGCUGACGCUCGUCUUUGAGUAUGUGCACACAGACCUGUGCCAGUACAUGGAUAAGCAUCCUGGAGGUCUUCAUCCAGACAAUGUCAGACUCUUCCUGUUUCAGCUGCUGAGGGGCCUGUCCUACAUCCAUCAGCGGUACAUCCUGCACCGAGACCUUAAACCCCAGAACCUCCUGAUCAGCGACAGUGGAGAGCUCAAACUGGCCGACUUCGGUCUGGCCCGUGCUAAGUCUGUACCCAGUCACACGUACUCUAAUGAAGUGGUUACACUGUGGUACAGGCCUCCGGAUGUAUUGCUGGGGUCCACAGACUACUCCACUUGCCUGGACAUGUGGGGUGUUGGAUGCAUCUUUGUUGAGAUGAUCCAGGGAGUCGCUGCGUUUCCAGGCGUGAAGGACAUUCAGGACCAGCUGGAGAGGAUAUUCCUGGUGCUAGGUACUCCAUCAGAGGAAACCUGGCCAGGUGUUCACUCUCUCCCUCACUUCAAAGCAGAUCGUUUUACUGUGUACAGCCCCAAGAAGCUGAGACAAGCAUGGAAUAAGUUGGGUUAUAUAGAUCAUGCAGAAGAGCUGGCUUCGAGGUUUCUCCAGUGCUUCCCGAAGAAGCGCCUCUCUGCUCUGGAUGCCCUCCACCAUGACUACUUCAGCCACCUCCCCCCCCGGCUCUGGGAACUGCCCGACAUGUCCCCCAUCUUCACGGUGCCCAGUGUGAGGCUGCAGCCUGAAUCAGGUGACUCUGUCCAGCUCUGCAGCAAGUCCAAUAGCAAAGGGGCUUCCAGCAGUAGGCACUGAACUCCAGGACCCACCCAGUGGGGGACAGCCAGGUUGCAGCUCUGGGUGAUGAGUCACAUUGAUGAAGAAGAAAGACAAAGGACAACAGAUGCUUUUGUAUUCUGAGCUGAGCUGAUUUGACUGUGGAUGUGUUUAUGUAUGAGUGUAUGUGUAUGUGAGAGAAGGAGAGUGUGGAUUAGAGUGGAAUGUCGCAUUCAGCAUAAUGUUUUGUUACAUUUUUAAAAAAAAAAUAGAAAUGAUGUGUAAUGUUUGCACAUUGCUGGCAUACUAAUAAUUGUAUUGGAGGACAUCAAAAGUUUGUAGCUACCUAUGUAUGAAUGUAUGGAAUAUUGGUAUGGUAGCUAUAUUCAUAUAGAGAAAACUGUAUCAUACAGGGAAAAAUUCCCUCUUACAUACACAAACUAACAUUUGUGAACUCAGUAGACAAAGAAGCAACAUUUUCCAUCUAACAUUUCUGUUUCACAUUUGAUCCAGAAUGUUUAGAUGAAAUGGUCAAUAAUAGUAAUAAAUUAUUUAGACAGUAAUAACAGUAAUGGAAGUGAGGAAGAGUAUGCUGGUGAUCUGGUUGAAGCUUGAUGGUGCGUACACACACUACCUGCAGGGACAGAUUAAAGCAAUGAGCAUAUGUUGCUCUCAUACACAGCAAAUAAUCACGGUACUCCAGAAAUACAGCGGCUGUGUCUCAAUGUAUAUCUGUGUCUGUAUUUACGUGUGUGAGUGAGCGUGUGUGUGUCGUGAGUGAGCGUGUGUGUGUCGUGAGCGAGCGUGUGUCAGUGAGAGGGAGAGGGAGUGUGUGUGUUGAAUAUGGGCAAUAUGCUUACGCUGGUGCUACCCUCCUGGCCAGAAAGAUAAGACUGAGACUUUGAAAUGUGGGAUAAGACUGAGCACUUUCCUGAUCAACUUGUUAAUAAAAAGCUUUGGUUCUCUGGCCCAUGACAAUCCCAAAACAAGCUGCCCUCUGGUACUGAUUCUUUAAUGGCUGGUAAGAGUGCAGUUGAAUCAGUUCUACAAAUGUUACAUAUAAGUCAUGUUUGCUGCUGCCCGUGGUGUGGGUGGCAUGUCUGAGGACCGUGGUCUUCCUCAGGUCCAGGCGGGCUUCUAUUGUGGCAUUUCGUGCCACAGGUUUGGUUCGCAUGUGUCUGGUCCGCUUCAUAUAACCCAGAUCUGUGACUCAAAUGUUCACUGCUGGGAAAGUUAUUGUCUUCUGUUCGCAUGAUGUAAAAAGAAAGUAAUAUCAGUGUGUGGUUAUGGGUUCCUAUUCUCCAUAUAAAGUAAUAUCACACAUAAUAAAAAUAGCAAUGAAAGGCUCAGUACUGUUUAUGUGGAAGUAAUAAAGGAGAUCAUCUGGUAGCUCCUGAAUUACCAUGCCUGUUAAAGACUCCUGCAGUGGAACAGUCCAAGUCCACUAAUAACUGCACUGAUGAAGCAUGGGAAACAGUGGGAAGCUUUGAUGUGUAUAUGCUGUGUUUGGUUAUAAUGUUACUGUGUGGAAGCAGAGAUGGAGAUGGAGGCAGAUGAUUGAGAGAUGGAGGCAGAUCUCCAUUUUGAGAUUUAGGACAGCUGGCCUGAAUUGGCAGUGCCGGUUGAAGUCAAUAGCACUUUGGAAUCUUUUUACUUACUGUUGAAGCUUUGGUUCGGGGAGGUCACUGGCAGGCCUGCUGGGAUGGAGAAACCAGCCAAAGAUGUGUCACUCUCAUGGGGUGUUCGCCUCUGUAGAGAGAGGAGGUUGGAUAUGUCAAGCUAAACUGUUAGCGUGCCAUAUCUAGGUGGUUGUGGUCAUGUUGUGAAUGAUGCUCUGUGGCUUUUUGUCAGUAGCAGCAGGGGAAACCAGAGUUCAUUUUAUUCUUACUCCUAAAAAAAACUUUCCUGGCCUUUCCUUAAUGUGAGUGUUCUUAAUAAGUAUGUACUUGCAGAGAAAGUGAAUGAAUCUUGGAAGGGAAUUUUAGGGAAAAGUAAUAUACAGAAAUAACUUUUACCACUGUGAUGUCAGAGUGGUGUAUGACAUCGGUAUGACAGUGCAGUUAUAGCCUUCGUGUGAAGUCAGCAUUCCAAAAGGAAUGAAUGGAUAACUAAAUGUGUGCAGUGCAUCACCUGCAGUGGGAAGGGUGGUAGGGGACCAGUUGUGCGCUGAUGAUAUACGUGCUUUAGAAUUUGCGGUCAGUAUGCGGCUUUCUCUUACUCUUCAUAUGUGAAUAUUUAAUCUUUUUGUAACCUUUAUGAUCUGUCUUAGGCUGUACAUAAAGACGGAUGAGACUCCGUGUGUAAAGUGAAAUAGUAACGCUUCAACUGUCUGCAUCCAGGGUUACGAAUGUCCCUUUGACUCAUUUACUGUACUCAUUACAAGAAAGGAUUUCAGAGGGGUCUGUUCUGCAUCUUGCUGGGCUGACCACUGAAUCCAUGUUUUUUGAAAUGGCUUCAAUUGCACAUACAGUUGCGAGAAAAGGUUUGUGAGCUCUUUGGAAUGAUCUGGAGUUCUGCAUGGGUAGCUUCUUCAGCGUGAUCUGAUCUUAAUCACAAGUCAUAGUAAUAAAUAAAGCCUUGUUUAACAUCAACAUGCACCAUUUUCAGUGCCACACCUUGUGCUUGAACAAAUAAUUUAAACUAUUAAGGUCACUGAUUAUAGGGGUCUACAUACCUCAAAUGGACUUUCCAAAUAUAAUACUAUAUAUUUACCAAAACAAAUUCUUAUCUGUACAAAAAAAAAAAAAAAAAAAAAAAAAAUCAGUCUGGUCCUGGAUUUUGUAAGCACAUUUCUUAAUUGAAAAGUUGGUGUAAUUGAUUAUUUUUAAUCAAUUUGCAUCAUUUUUGUAACUGUUGUAUAAUUGAGUUUGUCUUGAUUCCUAGGUAGAGGAAGGAUGAGUAAUCUAGUACUCAAAGAUGAAAGGCUCAGAUCUGAAUACCACUUUUCCAGAGUUUCAUGUAUUUUUAACACCAAUAUGUUACUUGUUAAACCAACCUGUCUGUAUUUAUUAUUAUGACUCACUAAAGAUCUGAUCUCAUUGUAGGAGCCAUUUUUACAGAAAUCCAGAAGAGUCCUGAGUUCAUCAACUUUUUUCACAGCUGUAUCUAUUGUUCCUUUUGUAUGAUGCACUGAAAAACAGAAUUUUGACAAGCAGUCUAAAAGUGUAGAAGUGUUACUUUAUAAACUCGAACAACUUAGUAGAAUAGUUAUUGCAUUAUUUGGUUUAACUUGUAUGUAAUGUUAUUAUGGAACAUGUAAUGUCCUUAUGUAAAUGUUGUUUAUUGUUUUAUCUGAAAUAAAGUUUAUUAAUGCAUCAGAA